CCGGCCUGAGCCAAUCAGCGGGCGGCGCGGCGCUCACUCUGGACGUUCAAACCCAAGGCAAAGUUGUGGUAGAGGUGGCAGGGACUGGCAGUACCUCUCAGCUUCUCUCGUGAAUAUUUUCUGCAAUUUAGUAAACAAUGGCUAGCACUGCUAAAGAAGAAGCUAAGAAGGAAAUACCGGAGAUCAUCAGAAACCCAACCACGGGCGCCAAGUAUCAGAGAAGCAAGUUUUUAGGCAAGGGAGGCUUUGCAAGAUGUUACGAGUUGACAGAUAUGAAGACCAAGGAAAUCUUUGCUGGAAAGAUAGUGGCCAAGAGCCUGCUACUAAAGCCCCACCAAAAGGAGAAGAUGUCCCAGGAGAUCUGCAUCCACCGUAGUCUGAAGCACAAGCACCUGGUUGCUUUCCACAGCUACUUUGAGGAUCCUGACAAUGUGUACAUCAUCCUGGAGCUCUGCCGUAGACGGUCAAUGAUGGAGUUACACAAGAGACGGAAAGCAAUCACCGAGUCAGAGACGCGGUACUUCCUGAAGCAGCUGUUGCUUGGCGUCAAGCACCUCCACGACAACCGCGUCAUCCAUCGGGACUUGAAGUUGGGUAAUCUCUUCCUCAAUGAUGAAAUGGAGCUAAAGAUUGGAGACUUUGGCCUAGCAACACGUGUUGAUUAUGAGGGUGAGAGGAAGAGGACUUUGUGUGGCACCCCUAACUAUAUUGCUCCUGAGAUCCUGUGUAAGAAAGGACACAGUUAUGAAGUGGAUGUUUGGUCUAUAGGAUGCAUCUUGUAUACACUGUUAGUUGGUAAACCUCCGUUUGAGACUCAGACUCUGAAAGACACAUACACGAGGAUCAAGAAAAAUGAAUACCACAUUCCGUCCCGUAUUGGGCCUUUGGCACGCUCCCUCAUUCAGAAGCUGCUGCAGGCAGAUCCCCUGCAGAGGCCCAGUGUGAACAAGAUCCUUGAGGAUGACUUCAUGACCCUGGGCUAUAUUCCAUCUCGGCUGCCCACCUCCUGCCUCACCAUGGCCCCCAGAUUUGAUUCCCACUGUGCUCUUGUGGCGACCAGGAAGCCCCUGCUGGAGAUCAACAAUACAGAUGGUUCUCCUGUGAAGAAUGCACAGAAGGACAUCCUGAAGAAGGUGGAAGGUACAGGUGGUCUUAAGGGUCACACACCUCACAGCUCUGCCAGCAGAGGGCAACAGCAAGUAGGUUCACAUCAGGAAGCAACAGCACAGCAACAGAAGCAUGAUGAACCCACUGACUGCUACCUCAAGGACUUGUAUAACCAAAUCAACUCUGUUGUCAUGUCCAAGCCUGAUGAGCGGGAUAAUGUGAAUGAAGAGGAAAGUGAAGACCCAGCAGCAGUGCCCAUGAUCUGGGUGAGCAAGUGGGUGGACUACAGUGACAAGUAUGGCCUUGGAUACCAACUCUGUGAUGACUCUAUUGGUGUGCUCUUCAAUGACUUCACCAAGUUACUGUUGUUGGCAGAUGGCGAAAACAUCCACUACAUAGAAAGAAACAACAUUGAGCAUUAUCAUCAGCUUAAGAAUUAUCCUGGAUCCCUCAACAAGAAAGUUACUCUUCUUCGAUAUUUCCGCAAUUAUAUGAAUGAACACUUACUGAAGGCUGCCGCCUCUAUGUGUCCGGAGGGAGAUGAACUGGCACGUAUUCCCUCCCUUCGCACAUACUUCAGGACCCGCUCUGCCAUUAUCCUCCACCUCACCAAUGGCACCCUUCAGAUAAAUUUCUUUGAUGAUCACACGAAGAUCAUCCUGUGUCCUCUCAUGGGAGCUGUAACUUACAUUGAUGACAAGAGGAACUUCAAAACCUAUCGACUCGCCAGUUUGGAGAAGUAUGGAUGCAAGAAAGACCUGGCCAACCGCCUCCGCUAUGCCCGUAACAUUGUCCAGAAGUUGAUGGUGACCAAGUCCUCAGUGAAGCCUUCGUCAACCACCACGUCUGCUACCUCCCAAGAAACCCAACCCACUACUGCCUAAAAAAUCCAACCACAUCUAAACCUAUUGUUUCCAAUUCUUUUAGCAUAUUUUUAUUGGUUUUAGGAGAGACUUUUAGAAUGUUUGUCAAAAUGCUUCUUUUCUCACUUUUAUUCAUAAUAAAAUAUACAUCAGUCAUCUUGUAACAAGCUUUCUUUAAACUUGAUACAAAACUAUAAAUAUUUCCCAAGUAUGUGUUACUAGACUGCCUGAAGCUUGAGAGUGUGCCCUGGAGAUUGUAAAUCCAGAGCUGUGGUAUCAUUCAUCCUUCCCUGCCAAGUCAUUUCUCUAACUGAUGCCAAAUAUAUGCUUAAUGGAACUGGAAUGUAUGUACACGUGUGUUUGAGUUACAUGGAGCAUGAUGUGGUGUAGUUGUAGAGAAAAGAAAAGCAGUAUACACUUCCUUUCUCUCACCACCCAUCCACUCCAGUUUCCACUAUGAUACUAGUUUUUAUAGUGUUGAGGUUCAGCACCUUUGCAAUGAGUUGAGUGCCAGUUUUAUCAGAAUAAAGGUGGCUGCUAUAACAUACAACUCCACCAUUUAAGUGCUAGAACUGACAACAUUUGUUUUUAAAAUACUAUUUGUAUUAAUUCUUUUCAUCCUGAAAUGAACACAAAAUGAAUCACAGUCAUCUGAAGUCCAAAUAAUUCAUCAAAGGAACCUAACAUUGUAGUAUCUUCAAGUGUUAGUUGUAAUUAUGAUAAGAAUGGACUUUUAAUUUUAUUUUUAUACCUUUUAUUUAAUUUAGAGGGUAAGAAUUUUUUUUUCUAUACAGUGGCUGACUGAGGGUAACAAGGGAGGGCUAAUCUGUGUAUCAUAGGACUAUUUUUGUUCAUGCAUCUAGAAUAAGUUGUGUACUGCUUCCAUAUAGGAGGUAGUGGGCUUGUUGAUGGAUAUUAAUGUUAUAAAAUGAUUAUAUAAUAAGAUUGCUAGAAUGUGAUGAUUUUGUUCUUCCCCAACUCUCUCUCUCUCUCUCUCUCUCUCUCUCUCUCUCUCUCUCUCUCUCUCUCUCUCUCUCUCUCUCUCUCUCUCUUUUCCCAUCUAGUUAUGUAUAGACAGGUUUAUAGCAUACUAAACAAUGAAUGUAUAUAACAUUAAUUGGUAGGUUGUAAUAUGUUUUGUACUUCCCAAUUACAUAUAUACUGAUUAUACAUACUUGCUGUACUGACAUGGAUAUACCACUCCCUCUCCACUUGCUGUCUCCUACUAUACUUCAGAGGUAACUGUAGCUCAUGUCAAGUUUAGUCAUUGGCAUUAUUUAUAAUCAUGCUCAUCCAUCUCAUUCCUGCUGAGGUGUAUGGAAGGAGCACUACUCUGUUAGUGUUCUGGACUGGCUUUCCUCUUGGCACCUCUCAGCUGUUAUGGGUGUAAAUACUCUGUGCAGUAAUAAAGUAUGUGCAUCAUU